CCCGGGGCCCGGCCGUGGCCGACCAGGAGGGCCAUGCCCUGGCCCCGCUGACCCCCGCCCACCAGCUCAGAGCCAUGGCAUUGGGUGAGCAGGUGUGGCACACAGCUGUGCCACCCCCUGGCAGGAGCAGCGCCACAGCCACAGCGCCCAGGUCCCCCGGCUCGGCCAGCGGCCCCAGGUCCCCCGGCUCGUCCAGCGGCCCCAGGUCCCCCGGCUCGGCCAGCGGCCCCAGGUCCCCCGGCUCGGCCAGCGGCCCCAGGUCCCCCGGCACCCCUGGCUCAGAGAAGGUGGCCUCCCCACUGGAGUGCUCCAUCUGCUUCUCAGGCUAUGAUAACAUCUUCAAGACGCCCAAGGAGCUGUCCUGCACGCAUGUCUUCUGCCUGGAGUGCCUGGCACGGCUGGCGGCUGCCCAGCCCGCAGGCCGACCCGGCAGCGAGGCCGUGCCCUGCCCGUUCUGCCGACAGCCCACAGCUGUGCCCGCCACCGGGGCCCCUGGGCUGCGCACCAGCCGCCAGCUGCAGGCCAGGAUGCCGGCACACUUGCGGCAGGAGGAGCCCGUGUGGCUGGAGGGCACCAAGCUGUGCUGCUGCCCCCAGCCCCCCGCACCUGGCCUCUCGGCGCCUGGCUUUGUGUGCGUGGACGUGGGCCUCAGCAAGCCCCCCGAGCCCCCCGGGCCGCCCCCGCCCCCAGGCCCUGCCGGCCGCCGGGGCCGCCUGGCCCGCUGCUGGGCCCGCUGCAGGGACUGGAGGCGCAUGGCGCUCAUCACGGUCCUGCUGCUGGCGCUCUUCUGCGUGGUGCUCUGGCCCGUGCACUGCGCGCUCAGGACCGGGAGCCUGCACUGCCUGACCCAGCAUCCCGCCAGCACCGCCGCGGCCACCGCCCCCCUCGCAGCGCCCCCCCCGCGCGAGCCCCUGGCUGACAACUAG